CGGGGCCGCUGUCGCGGGGCUGAGUGCGCAGGCGCGGGCCGGCAAUGGCGGCGGACGAGGCGGCGGUGCGGGCGCAGGCCGAGGCCGUGCGGCGGCUGAAGCAGGACAAGGCGGAUCCCGACGAGAUCGCAAAGGAGGUGACAAAACUGCUGGAUAUGAAGGCACAGCUGGGAGGAGAUGAGGGGAAACACAAGUUUGUGCUCAAGACCCCGAAGGGCACACGGGACUAUGGGCCCAAGCAAAUGGCCAUUCGGGAGCGAGUGUUCAACACCAUCGUGUCGUGCUUCAAGCGGCACGGGGCCGAGGUGAUCGACACGCCGGUGUUCGAGCUGAAGGAGACGCUGACGGGGAAAUACGGCGAAGACUCGAAGCUCAUCUACGAUCUGAAAGAUCAGGGAGGGGAGCUGCUGUCCCUGCGCUACGACCUGACAGUCCCCUUCGCUCGCUAUCUGGCCAUGAACAAGAUCACCAACAUCAAGCGGUACCACAUCGCCAAGGUCUACAGGAGGGACAACCCGGCCAUGACCAGGGGCCGCUACAGGGAGUUCUACCAGUGUGACUUUGACAUCGCCGGGCAGUUCGACCCGAUGAUCCCCGACGCCGAGUGCCUGAAGAUCGUGCACGAGAUCCUGAACGACCUCCAGCUCUGGGAUUUCCUCGUCAAGGUGAACGACCGGCGCAUCCUGGACGGGAUGUUCGCAGUCUGCGGGGUUCCCGACAGCAAGUUCCGGACCAUCUGCUCCAGCGUGGACAAGCUGGAUAAGAUGCCGUGGGAAGAAGUGAGGAGCGAGAUGGUGGGAGAGAAGGGGCUCUCUCCUGAGGCUGCAGAUCACAUCGGGGAGUACGUCCAGCUGCAUGGCGGCCUGGAGCUGGUCGACCGGCUUCUGCAGGACCCCAAGCUGUCCCAGAACAAGCAGGCCAAGGAGGGGCUGGGGGACAUGAAGCUGCUGUUUGAGUACCUGAGCCUGUUUGGCAUCGGCGGGCAGGUCUCCUUCGACCUGAGCCUGGCGCGGGGCCUGGACUAUUACACCGGGGUGAUCUUCGAGGCCGUGCUGCUGCAGCAGGAGAAGGGCCCCGGGGAGGAGGCGGCCGGCACGGGCAGCGUGGCUGGGGGCGGCCGCUACGACGGGCUGGUGGGGAUGUUUGACCCCAAGGGCCGGCGGGUGCCGUGCGUGGGGGUCAGCAUCGGCAUCGAGCGCAUCUUCUCCAUCCUCGAGCACAGGCUGGAGGCCUCUGAGGAAAAGAUCAGGACAACGGAGACACAGGUGCUGGUGGCCUCUGCCCAAAAGAAGCUCCUGGAAGAGCGGCUGAAGCUCAUCUCCGAGCUGUGGGAUGCUGGAAUCAAGGCAGAGGUGCUGUACAAGAAGAACCCCAAGCUGCUGAGCCAGCUGCAGUACUGCGAGGACACGGGCAUCCCUCUCGUUGCCAUCGUGGGCGAGCAGGAGCUCAAGGACAGAGUUGUGAAGCUGCGGGUGGUGGCCAGCAGGGAGGAGGUGAAUGUCAGCAGGGAGAGUCUGGUGGAGGAGAUCAGGAGGAGAACGAGUCAGCCUUAACACGGUGCAGGACUCGUCUGCUCGCUGGCUGCAUCCUGUCUGACACAUUUCCUGCUGACCCGCCCGGGCCAGCCCCAGGGCAGCGGGUUCAGGGUCUGGGGGGGCUUUGGAAGCUGUAUCUAUUCUUGUCUCAUGCCCUGCCUGUCCCUCCGGGCGCAGAGGGGCUGUGCCACCCCCCAUGCCAGACCCCGGCCCUCCGCCGUGUGCUAGUGCUGGGGGACACGGGGGGCUCAGGGGCCUCACCUCAACCGGGGCCUCGCCUGCAGCUUCUUGUGCCCGUCCCUGGGCAUAAACCCCCCGCCCGGCUUCCGCUGCUCCGGGGCAGGGAAUCGCCUUCCGCCGAGCAGCAGGGCCAGGCGCUGCCCCGAGAAACGUAAUAAACGUGUCCCUCCCAG